AAAAAAAGCACAGUCACGUGAGGACAUUUGUAAUAUCGAAGAAAUCGUAUAAUUAUGGAAAGUGCCACUGGUAUUAUCAAGAAGCUUGCGGUCCUUGGGUCCUUAGGGAUUGGAAUUUUUGUAUUUGGGAAGAGGCAUAUUGCUGUACAUAGAGAAGACAGACACAAACAAGAAACAGAUGCAACUGCACAAUCUACUGGAUUGGGUCAUAAUCCAUUAAAACCUGGGUUUCCAUUGCAAGAAACUGCUAAACGUGAAUCGAAAUAUAUAGGAACACCUGGUGCAGCUUAUGCUAGUCGGACAAAGGGUGAUCGGUUCACCAUGUUUAACAUUUUUGAUCGUGAUUAA